GUCCUCUCCAGUCCUCUCGCAUUGUUAUUAUACAAUUUUCUUUGUUUCGCAUAGAAAUGCGUCGUGAAUUUAUAUUAGUGUUAUUAGGAAUUAUAUGUAUAUCAACUAUAUCCUCACUUUUAUCAGGAUAUGUGCAAAUAGAGUCUGAUAAAGUGCUAUUAGAUACGGUAGUAGGUUCGGUGGGUGCUGGCAAUUUUUCAUAUUGGCAGUUGGGACACAUUGGGCCGCUGCUGGUGGAACUGACCUCUCUGACAGGCGACGCGGACCUUUAUGUUGCUGAUACAAUCAGGCCAAGUUAUGAGGUGGAUCGGAACAACUUCAGCUCGGUGACCUGUGGCCCUGAUCUCAUCAACAUCCCUGCUGACUUCCCGCGCCCCGUGGGUAUCGGCGUGUUCGGGCACUGGUCGCAUGCGCAGUCCGACUACAGCAUCCAAGUGUUCCUGACGGCCCCGGCGCCGCGCACUCACGCCUUCCUCGAGGACACCAGGCCGCAUGAGAGGACAGAGGUGGAGAAGCGACGCGAGAAACGGAAAGGCGAGGAGGAGGGGAAACCCCGCUUCCUGAAGCUGCUCAGCAUAUUGGACAUGAUCUUCGACAUGUUCGUGCUGUAGGAGCGAGACCGACUGUUAUAUGUUGACGACA